GUCCAGUUCACUCCGCUGUUCCACCCGGGCCUGGGCUCUCUCUCUCACACACACUCACACACACACACAGACUGAAGCAUCUCUCACGCUCUCAUCAUGGCAGAAGUUACGGACUCCGUGGCCCUGCUGAGCCUCGAGGACGACCUGACCUGCAGCAUCUGCUUGUGUCCCUUCGAGGAGCCGGUGAGUCUGAACUGCGGCCACAGCUUCUGCCGCGGCUGUCUCGAGGAGACGUGGAGCACCGCGAGCUCGUACCAAUGCCCGCACUGCCGCGCGCACUACCUCACCAAGCCGGAUCUGAAGAAGAACACGGUGCUCAGCGCGGUGGUCGACACCUUCAGGUCCAAAGCCGGAACCGGUUCCGGAGCGGGGCCGGACGAGGGGGAGGACGCCGGCUUCGGUGCGGCGCGUCUGCCCCGCCGCGAGCCCAAACCCAUCAUGUGCGACAUGUGCAGCGAGGUCAAGGCGGUGAAAACGUGUCUGACUUGCAUCACGUCGUUCUGCGCCGAGCACGUCCGCCCUCACCAGGAGAACCCCCUGUUCCGCGCGCACGAGCUCUGUGAGCCGCUCUCUGACCUCGCGGAGCGUCUGUGUCCUGAGCACGGGAAGCUGAUGGAGUUCUACUGCGCGCGCCACGAGAGGAGCAUCUGCAGCAGCUGUUUGCAGCAGAAUCACAAGGAGUGCGGGUUCUCUACGCCCGGCGAGCAGCGUGAGAAGAUAGAGUCUGAUCUGCGCGACAAGUUGAACAGUCUGGACCGGAAAACUGAAAAGAACCAGCUGGUGAUAACGCAGAUGAGGGAGCAGCAAGCCAAGCUCAAGGAAAUGGCGGUGGUGCGUAAGCGCGCCCUGGAGGCGGAGUACCAGCAGAUCCGCGACAUGCUCCAGAAGGACGAGCGGGAGGCCAUGGGCGCACUGGAUAAAGACCUGGAGAGCGGCCACGGCAAACUCAACACCCUGAUGAAGAAAUUCCAGCAGAACAUCGACAAGAUGAGCUCCACCAGAGCGGAGAUCAACAACCUGCUGGCCAAGUCACACUCUCUGGACUUCUUACAGGCGUCUGUGGAAAUGCCGUCCGUGGUGAACUUUGACCCCUACACCCCACGGAUCAACCUGGACUCCAAGCGCAUCAUCGCCUACCACUCCAGCAUCGUGAGUCUGAAGGAGCACAUCAUGAGAAUUCUGCGCGAGCCCGCGGAGAACAGGUUUUCCAUCCUAAAGCCAGAUUUGGGAAAGCCAGGCCCUGCUGAAGGUGCCGCUGGAGUUCCAGUUAAUCUGCCAAGUCCGAGGGAGACCGGUUUUAUGCCAGGUCACAACUCAGGAACCCCGGGUCCCAGAUGGCCGCAAGGUGGACCUGAAGGAGCGAAAAAGAAACCUCGCCCGAGAGACAAAAAGGAGAACCGAGAUCAGAAAGAGCGCAAAGAUCACAAGGAUCAGAAAGAUCGCAAGGAUCACAAAGAUCACAAAGAUCACAAAGUUCACAAAGAUCAAAGAGAUCAAAGAGAGCACGGAGAGAACAGAGAAAGAAACAGACAACCUCCUGCCAAAGGAAUGAACCCGACGCUGUCCAGGAGCAUGGACCAUCUGGACAGCCUGUCCAAAAAACCUUUUGUUCCAGUUCCAGUUGAUUUUAAUUCAGGGACCGUCAACGUGGUUACAAGAAAUGAACUGCUAAAGUAUGCCGCCAUGCUCACCUUUGACAUCAGGACGGCGCACAAGCGAGUGGCGCUCUCUGAGAACAACACCAAGGCGUCCGUAUCGGACGAGCCGUCUGCGUAUCCGGACAUCCCGCCUCGCUUCACCGUGUGCUCGCAGGUGCUCUGCCAUCAGGGCUUCUCUCAAGGACGCCAUUACUGGGAGGUCAAAAUGAGCAGCAAUAAUUUCUGCGGCCUGGGUCUGGCGUACGCCUCCAUCGACCGGAAAGGUCCGUCUAGCCGUCUGGGCCGUAAUGACCAGUCCUGGUGCAUCGAGUGGUUCAACAUCAAGCUUUCGGCGUGGCACAACAGCGCCGAGACCGUGCUGAACAACCCGAACCCGAGCCGCGUCGGCGUCCUGCUCGACUGCGAUAACGGUACCGCCAUCUUCUACAACGUGCAGGACCGCGCCUACCCCUUCCACACCUUCGUCUUUCCGUUCUCCCAAGCCGUGUAUCCGGCGUUCUGGAUCUUCUCCAGCGGCUCGUCCAUUACGCUUUGCAAACCGAAUAAUUAACGACGGUUUGUAAACACGUUCGAAAAUAGAGUCUGUGUUAACCGACUGUAGAUCAGCAGUUUGUGCAGUUACUCUAAAAUGUCUCUAUAUAAUAAGUUAAUAUAAUAAUAUCUCUAUAUAAUAAGUUUUAAAUUGUAAUGUGAUAAUAAUCAACAAACUGUUUAAAAUCUGUGGUUUGGGUGAUUUUGGGACGUUAAUCGAUUUUUUUUCUGCUUCUGAUCAUUUGGUAUCUUUAUCUUUAAGGUGAUGGAGGAGCCGUGUGUAACGUUGAGGUCGGAUUUAACCUGACGUUUACGCCAGCAUUUAGUCUCUGCAAUAACAGAAGAAACGCUUUGGUUUUCUGGGCUGUAGGUUCAUGCUAAGAAGAUAAAUGAAGCGUGGAACAAUGUAGCAGAGCACGAUUGUUUAGUCUGGUGCGUGCGCUUGGUUAGUACUAAUCUAACCUGAGAGCAGUGUCUUUUUAUAACGUUGACGUUGGUUAGUGUUUCACUUAGCUGUAUAAAAUCCACAGACAAGCCAGAUUUAUGAGAACGUCAGGACGAUUAGUGAUGCGAAGCGUUCAGAAUGCUCGAGGUUCGAAUGCUCAGUGCUCCUCUGUGGUUGAGAAACAGUAUUAUGCUAUUGUUUGUUUGUUUGCUUGUUUUUUAUCAGUAUUUUCUGCCUGCAGUUCUGUCCUGAUGAUCAGCUCUUGUUUGUUCAGUGAGGGUUGACUCAGAAGCUUCACCCUCCACAAAUAGGUUUUAUUGCCAGUAGACAAACCAGGCCGAAGUCCACAGUUUGCGUGCUCAAGAGCAGAACAAUGAACAACCGGGCUCAGUGAUGAUGAUGAUGAUGAUGAUGAAACAUCUCUGGACCUGUGGAACGUGAGCGUCCGUAUCUCACAGGUCCACGUCUCUGGGGUGUAACCUGGCAUCCCUUCAGCAUUUUAUUGCUUUGAAAAAAGAGACAUUACAUCGCUUAAAUAUGGAGCGAGGUCGCGUUUUUAACUGAAGAAUAAACAGACGCGUGGCGACGUUGGAUUUCACAGUAAAUAGCGAUGUUCAUAAGAACAGCAGCAGCAGGUAUCGUGUAUUAGAACGUCAUCAUCUGCUGAACUGAAUUAUGGGAUUGGGAUUCACACGUGCACAGACACGCGCUCGUACCUCCCUAGUGAAGUCAGUGUCUUUUGCAUAGCCUGUGUUUUACUGAUACGUUUUACAAACACUCAUUCAGUUCUCUCUAUAAUAAAUAACGUAAAUCCAGAUAAUCUGUUCCAGCCACCCAAUUUUCAACAAUAUAAUCAUAUUCCUGCUCAUAAAAACAAUCAAAACAUUUAGAAAACACAUCAUGCAAAAGAAACUUCACGAAAAAUAUGUGAACUCUCUGUACGCCGGGGUUCUGCCGAACUUUCAGUUUUCAUUUAUUUUAUUUGAAUUAAAAAUUGUCUCACUUCAGUUACAAGUCGUGACCACCAGCAGUUUUAUCCACAGAGGUGGAAUGAGUAAUAAACUUUUAUACUUAAGUAAAAGUACUGUUACUUCAGUAAAAUGUUACUGAAGUACAAGUAAUAAAGUUACCAAGUUACAUAAAAGUAAAAAGUAUCUUUUUAAAAACUCCCUCAGAGUAAAAGUUACAAAGUUACUUUCUUUAACAGCGGGGUGGGGGGGGGGGGGGGGGGGGGAGAGAUUUAAGUGUAGUGCAACAAGACAAGAGGAUAUAAAUCUCAAACUAUUUGUUUCUAAUUAAAGGAAGAACUUUACAUACUGUAAUAAAGCUGUUGCCUUUCUGGGGCUUGAAAUCAAAGUGGUGGCUUAAAUACAGUGUGACGCUCUGCGCCGUAGAGCCGGGAGCAGAAGGAGCUCAGAGCCGAGGAUAACGUGCAGCACUAAACCUGUAUCGGCCUCCUGUAGUGCCACGAAAUUAUAAUAUAAAACAUAAAGGAAAGUGUAAAAGAAUUGAGUGUUUCGGGGGGGAGCAGCACACCUGAGCUCCCAUUUCCCAUUAUAAAUCUGUUUCAUUAUUAUUAUUAUUAUUAUUAUUUUAUUCAUUUACUUUUUACUCAGUAGCGAAUAUGAUUUCAAAUGUAGCGAAGUGCAAUACUUCAAACAAAACAAACUCAAAGUAAAAUUAAAAUUACAGAUUAAAAACUUCGAAAAAAGUCGAAGUACACAAAAAAAACUACUCAGUUACGAUUCAUUACUUUUCCCUUCUGCACACAAACUUACAGGAGAGCGUCUAGAACGUUCUCACCGUUAAUAAAUGAUAGGCUUUCUCUUUUUUACGUCCUAAGAAAAAAACUAAGUUGUUCUCGGGUCCCAGUAACACCGACGCAUUUCAUCCUGGAGUUCUCUCAGUGCUCUAAACCUGAGGUAUACCAGGGGCAGCUCGUGGUUACGGCGUUGAAUUAUGGCUCAGAAGGUUCCAGGUUCAAAUCUCAGCACCACCAAGCUGCCACUGUUGGGCCCUUAAGGCACGUUGGGCGCCCAAAUCCCAUCUGCUCAGACAAAUGUCAAUCUGAAUUCAGAAUACUGUUGUGUUCCUUCUGAUCCCUGGGCAACAAAGUCCCGCCCACUUUUGUUUUCACUGACACCAUUAACAUGAAGCAUGGGUGAUUUUCGAAGGGGAAAAAAUUUUACUUUAAUUAAGAAAAAGAAAGUGUUAUUUUUGCACACAUAUUAGUGACACAUUAGUGUCUAAAGUGACCAAAAAAUGUAUUUUAAAUACCCAAGCCCCUUUAAAACAAAAUCAUGAAACUUCACGUAGACAUCACAGACCCAUCAUAGUGUGUCCUUCUGAAAAAUGGUGAAAUCCAUUCAUGCUGAAAUCCAUCCUUCUCACGAAAGCUGGCGGCCCUUAAAGUCUGAAAGUGGACGUGGAGAAGUGGUUCAUCCAAGUGCAAACCUCCUUAUGAAGCUAAGAAUGCGCGUUAUCUGAGGAACAUUUAGUCUGAAGGAUGUACAGUAGAUCCCAGUCGAGCGUAGUAUGUAUCAUGGAACGGAAAAACGGGACUAGAAGGUAAAAUAUCGCAGCACGUCGUGUAACUGAUUAUGGGUUACGCGCCCGAACCCGUGAGAGCAGACUGAUCUCUGAUGAGCGCAGUGUGGAGUGGACACACACACACGCUUCAGCUUCCUGGGCGAUGAUUUAUUCACUCAUCCGAGCCCGAGCUUCCAUCAGACACGGCUGAUAAUUCCGUUUAGGACAGCCUCUGAUGUGCAAACUGUGAGAACCAGUGAGGUGUUUAUUCCUGAUCCAGGAUCAGCUCCAAACAAGAUAGAAACUAUAGGAGAACCUGGAGAACUGAUCUCAGAUCAGCGGGAACGCACCUCGUCUGCUGAUGCUGGUCAGAAGCAGAACUCAGACAGAGCUGAUUAACGAGCUUUGGGUUGGUGUUUCACGACAUGAAUAUACUGUAAUCUUUACAAGCUUUCACAGUUUCUCUGUUACUCCAGGCUGCUCGUUUCGUCUGAUCCGUCUGUGAUGUGGCCUCAGUGUAACAGUGUGUAAUGCAGCUUUACACAAUCGUAAGAAUUAUGGAAGUUUGUAUGAAAUGUGAAUGUGUAUGAAUCAAAAUGAUCAGAUAUAUAACGUGCGUAUUGUGAUAUUAAAUGUGCGAUUAUAAUAUAUAUAUAUAUAUAUAUAUAUAUAUAUAUUUACUCUGCUGAAAUGUUCACCUUUGCUCCUUGGCUUUAAUGCUUUCUGUUUAUUUUGCACUGAAGCAAUAUUCCUGGGAGGUUUAUUGAUUCAUUCAUUAAUGCCGAAUGUCUUAAUGCGUUGUUAUUAACCCAGACACACUGCUUUGUCAAGUCUGAAAAAUUCUCUCCAUUCUGUACCUGUAUGUGAUACGCGUGCACGCUUAUAUAUGAUUCUGAAAUAAAUAAAUAAAUAUAACUUUAUUUACUGUC